AUGGCUUCAGCGGUAUCUGCUUCGCCAUCGCGACAAGAUUAUCUGCGCGCUAAUUCUACGGAAGAUACCGAUUCAUGGCAGUAUGUAGAGUCCAGCUCGCCUGGCUUCACCACAAGUCCAGGUUCCAGCUUCAACGGAUGGGGUAUCAUUAGAUACCCUCAUAACUUGGGAGCAUCACCACCGAUUCUGUCACCCUUACCGCCUCCUACUUCACAGCCGAACCAACAAGGGCCAUCGAGCAUCACAGAAGAGGAUUCCGAGAACCAGUUUCUAUCUUUUUGGGAUAACCAGCAGCUCAUGGAAAACCACGAGCUUCUGUUCCCGGAUCUGCUGAACAGCACAAUGGACACAUAUCAAUUCCAACAAGGUGCUCAGGAAGGCAGCACCGGUGAUAUUGCGAGCUUUGAGGGAAUGGACAUCCAGACUCAGCCUGCCGACCUAGGGAUCCCUCUACACUUCCAGCAAACUGGUAACGAUGACCCGUGGGUGUCCGUGAGUUUACCAGACGACGAAUUCAUGUUCUUCGACAUGGAAGAUGCCAGCGCACAGAUGUCUCGCACAAUCUCGCAUGAAUCCGCAGCAAGCGGCUCUCUACGCUCAAGCCCAAGCAUGCCCUCUGCGAAGCCCAGACACCCCAAGGACAACGAUCCGAUCAAGAAGGUCAGGGGCGGCGGGAGAGUUGAGAAGAAGAAGCACCCGGCGCCUACGUCGGAUAACUUUGUCGUCUUCACGCCUAACAGUGUUAAUCAACAGUCCGGCAAACCAAACCUUUUCGAAUGUUUCGAGGUGGCAGGGGGGAUUCAGCGUGGACGAAAAGGCCCUCUGGCAUUUUCGGCGGCGGAGAGGGCGCGGAACAUUAGGAGAAAGGGCGCUUGUUUCUGCUGUCGCAGCCGCAAAGUCAGCUGUGACGAAGAGCGACCUUGCAAGAACUGCAAGAAGAUCUCGACGCAGCUGCCACAAGUCGUAUGCUGGCAAUUUUCAGACUUCCUCCCGGUUCUGUUCCCAGGCUUCAUCAGGGGCCACUUCAAAAAGGACGCAAUGACGCGCUUCAUAUCCGACAACGUCUCUAAAUUCUACGGUGUCUCCUCCCCAUCAUCCUCGCCCUGGCUCAUCGAGCUGUCCUCGGGCUCGCGGUUCAAGUCGACGCUGACCAUCCCGGCCUCUUUCUGCGCGCCCAAGAGCGCCGAAAUCCUGCACCACUGGCACGUCAGCACGGGUGUGAACCAGCUGGACCUGCACUCGCGGCCCGCCGUGCCCGUGGGCGUCGACCCGAAAGACAGGAACCAGCGCGAGGCCCUCAAGCGGCGCACGCGCGAGUACAUCGCCAAUCUAGUCGCCGAGCCGCAGUACGCCACUCAAGUCACGGACUCGCUCCGCGGAACACAGCUGCCGCGGCGCGUCCUCGAAAUCGUGCAGCACUACGCGCAGAGCUCGCAAUCCGUCAUGGUGAAGCGCGCGCUCGGGGUCUACGUGACGCACUACGUGCUGACGCGCCAGCUCUGCCUCACGCCCUCCGCACUAGACCGCCUGCACCAUCUACGGCAGACGCAGCCCGAGAAGCUGCCGUUCCUGUCGCCGGGCAUAAGCGCGCACGCCACGACGCGCGUGCUCAACCGGCAGGUCAAGGCCGUGCUCGACGAGCACCUGCUCAAGGAGACGCAGUCCCUCUUCACGGCCUUCGGGUCCGCGCUGAAGCCGCGCUCGCGCGCCGAGUGGGCGUCCUGUCUCGCGUCGUUCCUGGUCCUCUGCCUCCUGUUCGAGGGCAUCGAGACCGCGGCCGACAUGUUCAUGGUGUCUGAGGCCGAGGUCGCGCUGCGCUCGCGCCGGCGGAGUAACGCCAGCAGUGCCUUCGAUGCUGCGUCGGACGCGAAUAAGGCCGGUGGGUUCGCCGUCGGCGGUCGCAAGCAGGCGCUCGAGAUGUGCCGUGAGAUCGACAACCUCCCGUUCCGACAGGUUGCGUAUCGCUUCCACGCCGUGUACCAGACGCAUCAUGUCCGCGAGCCCGGCGUCGGAUGUACAGCGAGCGGCUCUUCAGCUGGCGGCAGCGGGAGUGGAGCGGGGAAUGGCGCAGGCCUCACGUUUAAUCCCCUAGUAGACCCAACCUUAGACGCGGACCUUGAGCCUGCAGCAGCCGAGAUGGCCGCUUCGCUGCGCGCUCUGCUAGAUAUCGAUGGCAGCUGGCACGAACUUGACUUCCUCGCUGCAGACCCGAUCCUCCCGCAAGCAGAAGCACACCCCUACCCGCGCGACAUCACGCUCGACUACACAGGGCGUUUACUCGCACGAUUCCUGCUGUCCUUUACCGAUGAAAGGUAUCUUUUUGACGGACAGUAUUAG